CCUCCAACAACACCAUCAGCUGCAAAUUUAUGCAAAACAGUAAAAGCACUGGUGGUGGUGGUGCUGCUGCGGUCCUGCAAGGCGAAAGAAAUAAAGAGCAGCAACAAGAAGCUCCAGCCGCCGGUGAGCCGCCGGGAGUCGUUUUGCAGCCGGUGCAGGAGGAGGCUGAGAAACCCGGACCGGUGACGCAGCCAUGGAGACGGACGGAGAGCAGAACCAGCAGGGGGCCUCCACCAAUGGGAGUGCUGCAUCCGGAACGAGCUCCCGCCCCUCUCCGAUGAAUUCCAUGUCUCUGUAUGAAAGACAGGCAGUGCAGGCCCUGCAGGCGUUACAGAGGCAGCCUAAUGCAGCUCAGUACUUCCAGCAGCUGAUGCUGCAGCAGCAGAUCAACAACGCCCAGCUGCAGAACCUAGCAGCUGUGCAACAGGUAAAGGCUACUCUGGCUGCUAGUCGUCAGUCGAGUCCUUCCAGCAGCAGCUCCUCUCAAACCACCAGCACCACAGCUGCCAGUGUAACAUCUGGAUCGGGAUCCUCAACCAGCAGCCGUCCUAUUGGCGCCCCGGCAACGUCCACAAUCAGCCAGUCAGUGCUGCUGAGUGGGACGGCAGGCGGGCAGGGACAAAUGUACCUGAGGGUCAACCGCUCCCUGAGGGCCCCCAUCUCCUCCCAGCUCAUCUUUAUGCCUGGCAACACAGCAACUGCUGCCGUAGCAACUGUCACCCAGCAGCCACAGGCUCAGCAACAGCAACAGGAAGUGACGCCAACUUCAACUUCCAGCAGCCAAUCAGAUAACGACCAGGUGCAGAAUCUAGCCAUGCGAGGCGUAUCCAGUCCCAAAGGCUUUGGUGUGAAGACUGAAGCCCCAGAGAGGAGUGACUCAGCUGCUUUCCCGCUGGUCCAGCCCUCCCACCAGUCAAACUCCCAGUCCCCCACUAAGCCAAGCCAGCCGCCCCACAUCAAAAUCCCCACGUACCCUCAACCCACCAACCUCAAAGCCCACCCGUCCUCCUCCUCUGGUGCCUCCUCCUCUACGUCCUCCACUUCUUCCAUCCCUCUCUCCCAGCUCCUACUUCACGGAACGCGGACUCUCACCACAGGAACCACAGCUCCCACUGCAGCACACACUCUGGUCCUAACGUCCAGUGCGGCAUCCCAAGCCCACGGUUAUCCUGUCGGCACGGCGACCAUCAAACCGGCAGUCAACGCUCAGACCUUGGUGGUGCAGCCUCUGCAGAAGACCUCGCUCAGCGCAGAGAAAUCUGGCCAUGGCAACGGACCCAUCCCCAUCCAACCCAAAACUCUGCAGGGGCUUCGCCUGCCUCUCCAGCUGCCUUCUAGGAACCCCCCUCCCAUCCUGCCUGCCCCGCCGCCCACCAGCAGCUCCGCCCAGCCCCCUCAGCCACCACACAUCCCGGUUCAGAUCGUGGGGGCGAGGCAGAGCACACUGGGAAACACCCAGGCUCUGGCUCUGGCCCGCGGCAGCUGCUGCCAGGAAGGAGCCGCCGUCCUCAGCAGCUCGUCCAGCCUGCUCACUAUGGUGGCGUCCAUCGCUUCCAGGGAGGGUGGAGUCGUGGGCCGAGGGGUGGGGCUAAAGACGCUUCAGUCGCCCCAGGAGGCUCCCCCCUUGGCUCAGGUCUCUCAGGUGCAUCCACAGGCCAAUCAGAGCUCUGGACAGAGCCAGAAUGGACCCAUGGCUUCGAGCCCCGCCUCCACCCAGGCCCCCACUGUUUCCUCUCCUCCCUCCUCCAUGUGUCGCUCCUCCCUCUCCCUCCCCCUGGUGACAGAAGAGCAGAGAGUGUCAGCUGGUGUGACCAGCAAUGGAGACUCAUCAGCAAGUCAGACACCACAGGGAAAGCAGUUGACUGGCUCACUGAAAAGAAAAUCAGACUCCAAUUCAGCCAAUGACGAAGAUGGCCCCUCCCCUCCACGGCUCCAACCAGUCAGAGAUCACGCCUCAGCACUCCUGACAAAUCCCAUCGAAGCAGGCUCUGGUGCUCCUCCUCCAGCCUCCUCCUCUCCCUCCCCUGUGCUGUCAGUGUCCCGUGGGGUCUGCAGCCAGGGGGAGAGAGCUCCUCCCCCCCAAGCUGUGGUCAAACCGAACGUCCUCACACACCUCAUAGAGGGCUUCGUCAUCCAGGAAGGGGCAGAGCCUUUCCCUGUAUGUGGUUCAUUAAAGGACUCGGCUGGCGAGGAUUUAACCAAUGACAGUCCGGACACUAACCAAUCAGAGACUCUUACAACAGCGACAGUGCUGAAGUGUGAGUACUGUAAAAACUUUGCUCCUGCCAGCCAGUUCAGAGGCACCAAAAGGUUCUGCUCCAUGACUUGUGCCAAGAGUAUGUAUUGGUUCCCCAGGUACAACGUCAGCUUCAGGCAGCACUUCUGCAUGCGGCAGAGUCAAGGUCAAGGUCAAGAUCACACUCCAGAUCAGGAUCAAGGCCCGGGUCACCUCUCCAACUCAGAUGAGGAGGGAGGAAUUACAAGGCGGAGGGUUCCCCGCAGGACCAGCUCAGAAAUAGCCAGUGCCAAGAUAGCUGGGAGACCCAUACCUGUCAAGUGCCGUUCAGAGUCCAGCCAUUCGGACGAGGAGUCCAGUGGAGAGGAGGAUGAAGAUGACCCCAUGUCCCUCUCGCCUGCCUCCUCAGCCUCCUGCCACCAGCCGCCUCCUCCGCUCCCAACGGAGAGUUCUGCACCCAGCUGCCUGCCUGCUAGCCCUGCACAGUGGAGCGUGGAGGACGUGUCACAGUUUAUUUCCUCACUACAAGGCUGUGAGGAGCUGGCCUCCCAGUUCCUGUCGCAGGAGAUCGACGGACAGGCCCUGCUGCUGCUGAAGGAGGAGCAUCUCAUGUCCACCAUGAACAUCAAGCUCGGUCCUGCCCUCAAGAUCUGCGCCCACAUUAACAACCUGAGAGACUGAUGAUGUCAAUGUUUCCAUAAAUGUUCAAAGUCAAGCCCUGGGCAUUUACCCCAAACUCCUGUUCCACACCCAGUUCAGAUAUGGAACUGGUUCCAGAGCAGUCAGAGUCCUGGACAUGUAUGUAGGAGGUACAGUUCACUUUCAAAACCCAGCCAAGGCUCUUUAGCUCUAAGUAUGGCUGCAGCACUUGAAUCUGUCCUUGGUUUGUCCAAUUCGGAGCACACUUUCAAAUAUCGUAUUUGCACAGGAGUGUUGUUAAUCUGUCAUGUCUGUGAGUUGCAAAAUUUCUACAGAUUACCAACUAUAUUUUGGUGAAGAUACGUGUUCCCUGAAAUGCUAUCUCUGUGCAAUCAGUACUUGCAGUUUAGAACUAGUUAUUACCAAGUGGUUUCAUUUUGCUCUCUACGCCCAAGAUACACUAGAAACCUUUUAAGAGACUAAAGUCUCACAUCCUCUCACAUCUAAAGACAAUGUGAGUUUUAUGUCACACACUUUUCACAAAGACUGGGGAUCUUGCAGGCUCACUUCUUGCAAGACUUCAACUAAAUUCCUUUUGAGAUUAUUUCCUAUCCUGCUCCUGGUGGAAAAUCUUAUGCCAAACUCUUUAAAAAAUAUGACUUACAAUUCCUCACGUCUGCAAAACAUAUAACUCUAGAAACACAAGAUAAAAGGUGCCAUAUGUAGACAGUAUUGUUGUCAAUUCAGCAUUAAUAUAACCCAUAUGGAUAAAUUAUAUUUGCACACAUACUUUACAUUUUGGAUUGUGUCACCUCCACUCGCUACCAGCCUCCGUUGGUUAGUUGUGCUGUUUUAGUUGGAGGAGACUGUGGGAAUGAGAGGAGAGCUGCUUCAGAAAUUAAAAUUUCUCAUUAUAAUGAGUGUUGAUUGGAGGAUGAGGUACACGUUGAAUUAAUCUUGUUUACUUGACAACUCCACCAGAUUCUCCCCCUUUUUCCACAGUCUAAGAGAGACCCGAGACUUGUUCAUGUUCUUGCACCUCCUGAUGUCCCUUCCAUUUUUACUGUCCACUAAGUUUUCUUCUUCCUGUUUGGUGCUGGAGAGAGCGCAGCUGUUAGUUGCUGCUAGACUCCCCUCAUUGAACGUCAGUGCUUGCAUAAGCCAAGACUAAAAACUUAGGAUAACAUUAAACAUGUUUGAUUUUAUUGAAAUGUCAAGACAAGAAAAAGGCUGACUAAAGACAGAUCGGACUGAGUUUUAUGACCACCUUACACCAAGCGAUAGAGAUCACAGUAGUGCGCACCAACUGAAUUAAAGCUCACAUGAUUUAAUCCUGACAUUGGAAAAUUUUCGGCAACAGUGAAGUAGCUUGAAAAGCAGUUUGGUGUAAGGCUGGCAUAAGAUGCACAAUUUCAGUCAUGUCUUUCAGUUACGUCUGCAUUCAGAAAUGUAAAAAUUACAGUUUUGAAUGUAUUUUUAAUGCAGAAGUCACUUGUAUUGUGUCAUCAGCAUAAAAACUCAUAUUUGUACAAGAUUCCCACGUUGUAAAAAUAGGGCUGCCCUUUCUACAGACUUUGACCCAGGCUGUGCUUAUCUUGAUUCCAUUUUUGCCAAAUUUUAUGUUCUGCUAAAGUUCAACAAAACAUUGAACACAUUAGUGUUCGUUCUGUGUACUAUAUUGUACAGGACAAGAAUUUCCAGAGAUUUGCCCACUUUUUACUCUUUGAAAUAAAUUUAGGAUUCUUUUUCUCUCAUUUAGACAAACACUCCUGGCUUCUUCCUAAAAUGUGUUGUUGAUUACAACCCUUCUCUUUUGUUUAAGCCACAAUCAGCAUGGCAUAAAGUCAGAAAUACUGGAAAGAAAUUCCAAUUAAAAUCUCCUCCCUAUACUUAUGUAUCCAUUGAUUACGACUAUAAUUGAUUUUAUUUCCAAGUACUUUUGAAAGUGAAGAACUUAGAUGAUUUCUAACUUAUUAUGUAAAAACUAGCAUUUUCAAAAUAAUGGUCUCUUUGUAAGAAUGGACACUUUUAUUUUGGAAGAUGCCUAUUCUACAGUUUACAGGGUACACUUAAAAAUACAGGGUACUGGCUGAGUCCAAAUGAAACCUAAAUCCCUUUCAAGUGAGGCAAAAAAAUAGUGAUGCUGCUUAUAGUUUUCUCACAUCCUAACCCAGUUUUUACAGACAGAGCACAUUGACAGUUGACAAAACACUACUGCAAAAUGUGUUUUAACAUAAAGAGUUUUUCACUCAGUGUUUCUAGGGGAUCCAGCUGUUUUAAGUUGUUUUUAAAAGGACUUGUUGACUCUUAAAAAGGAUUGUAAUCUGCAAAUUCUGUGACUAUUGUGUUCUGUCAGGCACUUUCAGGAUUGACACUUUUUUCAAAUGGUACAGCUGCUCCUGAUCUAUAUGAAAGUAUGUGUGUGAGUAAAGGGUAACGUCAUGGGCUUGAUUUUGUGAAAUGGCAUAAAGUUUAAAGAUCCAGUGUGUAGUACUUAGGAGCAUCUUUUGGCAGAGUUCGAAUAUAAUAUUCAUAACUUUCAUUAGUGUCUCCCAAAACUAAGAUUCGUGUUUUUGUUAAUUUAGAAUGAGUCAUUCAUAUCUACAUACAGAGCGGUCCUCUUCCACAGAGUCUGCCAUGUUGUUUCUACAGUAGCCCAGAAGAGACAAACCAAACACUGACAUUGGAACGUUUUUGUGUUGGCCACUAUAGUUCUCCUACACACAGGUGAAGUUUCAGUUGGUUGCUGUUUGCAACCUCACCACUAGAUGUCACUAAAUCCUACACAUUAAGACCUUAUAAAGAAAUGCUGGAGGAAAUGUGGAGAAACUUAAGAAUGAAAGUGAGCAGCAAAUGUAAGCUGUUAAUUUGAAGUAUCUUUAAGCUACAUUCAUGAACAAAGCUAGAGGGUUCGUAAAGAAAAAAACGGCUGGUAGCCACAUGUGGACCUACGUCUAGGAUGGAUGACAAAAAAAAACCAUAUCUGAAUGAAUGAGUGUGUGAAUGAAUGAGGAAAAACUUAAACUAUACUGUAAUAAGUGUAAAAUUUGCCUUUAUAUUUAAAUGCACAUUUGUUUGCUGGACUGCCUUGUUUAAGCUUUUUACUGUAGGAGUUUUCUCAUGUUAUCUCUCUGUGAACCUUGUGGCCUUUCUCACUAGUCUCUACAGUAGGUUUAGAUAAGGAUCGUCUGUUUUUUAACUGCUUUUCAUAUCAUUCCUUGUUUUAUAUUAGUGCUUACUUUUUUACUAUUGUUAUUUCAAGCAAUGACAUCCGUUGCCUUUCCCAAAAAGCGUGACUCAAUAGUAGCGACCUUGAUCAAGGAAUCUUGCCGUCUUCCUCAUAGCUUUGUCACAUAGCGUGUAACUACCAACAGUAUUUACCUUUCUAGCUAGCUACCUUUGGCUUUAUUGUUAGUGACUGUGGCUAUUACAGUAUUUUCUUUCAAAAAGGAUAAUAAUCUUUGAUAGCUGUGUGUUUUAUAUUUCAUAGCGGUCCCCGGAUUUUGAAGUGUUUAAAUCAGCAGAUCCCUAGGCAUAUUGUGAAGACCAAAAACUAGCACUUGUGCUGCGUUACAAGUGAUGCGAGCCACAAUUUCUUAGUUAAAUGCAGGUCUGCACACAUCUUACACAAAAUUGUUAACAAGCAGACCAUUGCAACUUUCUUUCAUCUUUCUCUUAAAAAGUAGCACUUUUCCCACAAAAUGACUGUGGGUUCUGCAAAAGGCCUUUUUUUUAAUAUAAGGAGGCUACUUAAGGAUCAAGAUGUGUGUGCUUGCAAUUAUCAAAAAAACUGCAAAAUCUUAGAGGGACUGAGUUUGACAAGGAGACGCUAACAAUACUAUCAUGCAAAUAAAUAAUCAAGGAACUGUU